AUGGCUUCUGCAGUAAAGAAGAUUUGGGGGUUGGGGAGCAAGAAGGUCCAGGAGUUCCCGGAAGACUCUAGUCCAUGUGUCUUCUCGAGUCCCUAUUACCGCGUCCACAAAAAACAUCUUAGAAAAAUCCACAAAGCUGCCUUUGCUGGUGAUGCAAAGAAAGUGGAGCAGAUCCUUUCAUCCGGGAAAAAUGGUGUGGAUGCUACAGACAAGAAGAACAGGACUGCUCUCCAUCUGGCCUGUACUAAAGGCCAUUUAGCAGUGGUGAUUCUCCUGCUGGAAAGACAGUGCCAACUUAACAUCUGUGACAGAGAAAAGAGGACACCCCUGAUGAAGGCUGUACAUUGCCAGGAAUGGGAAUGUGCUAUUUCUCUACUGGAAUAUGGUGCUGAUCCCAACCUUCAGGACAUCUAUGGCAAUACUGCCCUCCACUAUGCUGUCUAUAAGGAGAAUAUGUUACUAGUACAAAAACUGCUGUCACACAAUGCAAGUAUUGAAAUAAAAAACAAGGGUGGAUUCACACCACUUUUACUUGCUGUGAAUUAUAAUAGACAGCUCAUGGUGGAGUUUUUAAUAAAGAGAAAUGCAAAUAUAAGUGCAGUUGAUAAUUGGGAAAGAACAGCCUUGAUGAUUGCCUUACGUGAAAAUUUGCCAGAUAUAGCUAGUUUUCUUCUUCAGCAAGGCAUCGAUGUCUCUCCUCAAGAUAUGGUUGGACGAACUGCUAGAGAUUAUGCUAUUCGUAGUGGUUUACAAGCCCAACUGGAUGUUGAUGUACUGAGUCUUGAGUCAUGGCACACAUCAGAUGAUGAAGAUGUCUUUGGUUCUGAUACCCAGGAUGUCCCCAAACUAAACUUAAAAGAGCUAUACGAUGCUUUUCUGAAAUCCAGGAAAAAUUAUUGGGAUUCUACUAGUUUGACCAUCAGUGAUAAAAUUUUUAAAAAUUUUGAGAAUUCAAAAGUUGACAUUAAAUCAUCAUCUGUAGCACCAUCAAUGAUCAAAAAUAAGCCAGAAUCCCCAGAAUUGGGACAGAAGAACUCAUUAGAUAAAGAAAAGAUUAUUGUUGGACCUGUGUCUCUAGCAGGAAAUGCUACCCUCCAUGAGUCACAACCACCAGAAAACAAAGAGUGUGAAGAAGAACAAGAUGUAGAAGUGACAUCAAAAGAAAAGCAAGAAAAACUUGAAGGAAAUAAAAAUAACCAGCCACAGGUCAAAAAACAAAUAUAUGCUGUGGAUGACCUUGAUGACUUAAGUCAGUCAUCUGAAACAUCCUCAGAGGAUGCUGAGUUGUCUUCCUUUAAUUAUGAGAAGUUUAUGUUGCAAAUUGAACAACUUGGAAUGGAUUGUGAAGAUGCUUCUCAAAUUACAAUGGGGUUAUGUUCUGAUAAACCCAUUUUAAGUCCAAGUCCAUGUAGUACCCCUCAAAACUCACCAGAAGAUUAUGUUACCCAGUUGAAAAUUCAAGAUGCAUUUCAUUCAUGUAAAAGAUUUAUAGAACUCAAACAUAAUCGCUGUAAAAAAAUGAAAAAUCUUGUUUCUGUACUACUAUGGGAGAUAUCUGAACUAAAAGAAAUAAAAUCAGAGUUAGAACUUAAAGAAGCUGAAUGGCAACAAAAAUUCUGCAGUUUGAGAUUUACCUUAAAACAAGAAGAAGAAAAAAGAAGAAAUGCUGAUCUGCUUUAUGAAAGAAUUAAAGAAGAGUUAAGAAGAAAAGAAGCACAGUACAGGAAAGAAGUUGAAGUGAAACAACAACUUGAACAGACACUGAGAACACGAAAUAAGGAAUUGAGGACUGUAAAAAUGAAUUUGGAUGAGAUUCUUCAUAGUAAAGAAAAAGACAAAGAUCUGUUUCAUAAAAAUUGCAUGUUGCAAGAAGAAACUACUGUGCUAAGACUGGAAAGAGACAUCAUAAAAAAACAGAAUGAGGAAAAUAAAAGGAAAUAUUUUGAGGAUAUUGCAGUUGAAAAACAAAAGAAUGAUGACCUCCAAAAGGCUAUUCAACUGAAUACAGAAACAUUAACAGAAACUGUAUCCCAGCUUAAUGUUCUCAUAGCCGAGACCAGCAUGCUAAAGUCUACUCUGGAGAAUGAAAAGCAGAACAAAGAAACACAGGAAACAGGAGUCCAAACAUACUGUUCUAGACUGGCUGCUCUUCAAAAUAUGACGUCAAAAAAGAACCUGGAGAAUGGUCAUUCCAUUUCUUGUGCUCAGUCUGAGAAUGAAAAGGAAGUAAAGAAACUUACUGAGUCAAAGAAAUUGCUGGAAGAUAAUUUGGAUCAAGAAAAGAAGAAAAACAGUAAAUUAGAAAAAAGAGUAACUAGACUGAAGUGCCUCUUAAAAAUUGCAACAAAGUUAAAUGAACAUGAAAACGAAGAGUUUAAUUUUCAUGAAGAUGUAAAAACCAGAAAAUCUGAAAAGGAUAUUGAGAUCAAUAAGCUAAAACAUGAGAUGCAGCAGUACCCAAUAGAAAGUACAAGUCAAGUAGAAGGUUCCAAAUUUGCAUGGAAUAAGAACACCCAAAUCAAGUGGCUCUUGUCAAAUUAUCGAGCUUUAAUGCUUGCCACUCCUGGAGCUCUGCCGCUCUGCUCUAGCAUCUCACCAAACUAG